AUGCACUUGAAUUUCAUCAGCAAGAAAGGAAUUGAUAGGCACCUUGUUCAUGGGAUUUCUUUUACACUUGGACUGAUUCUGUUUUCUACAAAUAAACAGGCUUGGUCAUUGGAAGUCAUGUUUCAGACAUCUUCAGAAAACUUAACCAAAGAAGAUCACAGAAUCCAUGCAUUUGAAGUGCCUUCAUUUCACACAGGUAGUGAACAUGCUUCAAUUGAUUUUAGUCCGUCUAUUCAUCCUGAAGUUUAUGGGGUGUUAGAGCAUGAAGAACUACCUUAUGGGGAAAUUGAUGCUAAUCUCCUGCAAAACCCCACAGCAUAUUUAGAAAAUAUUGAAAGUAAUCAGGCUUCAAUACAUGAACUUACUGCAAACAAAAACUUGGGAAGUAUUGAAUGUAAGACUGGAUCACACCAAGAAGCAACACUUGGACUCCCUUUCCAUGAUCACGAUACAAAUUGGUCUCAAAUGUGGUAUGACUCAGUAAUAGAUGAUAAUUCACUAGAAGAAAUGUUUUGUAAGCCUAGCAAUAGUCCUAUCAUGUCCAUGGAUAGCUUCACCAAAUACAAUCCCCAAGUCCAUGAGUACAAAUCAAUGAGCCAUUUACCAAUUCAUAUGCCACAUCAAAGCUUUGAACACCCUGGAUACAGAUCAGAAGGAAGCAACAUUAGUUGUGAUACAGCAGACAACAUUAUGAGAGAGUUCCCCAAUUACAAUCAUCUGGUCUCAGAAAAUCAAUCUCUCAAACACACACCAAGCAAUUUAAAUCAUGAAGUAGUACUACUACCAGGGCCACACAGUAGGCUGACCAAAGUCUUCCAAGACAACAAAUAUCAAGUAAAUGGACAAAUCCCAUCUUAUAAACAAACCGCUCAUAAAAUGAACUAUUCUUAUGGUGUACCCCAAUCCAAAUGCAUCCUCAAUUGUUCCCCUGAGUUGGGUGACCACCCUGCACAAGAAGCACAAGUUUUCAACAAAAAUGCAAUUGGAAGGGGUUCUGAAUGCUCAACAUCUUUAAUCUCCAACAACAUGGACAUUCCUGAAUCAAUUUUAGAACACAUUGAACUACCACCCUUCACACAUGAUAACCAUAUUCCAUAUUCACAAAAAAACCUAUUUUCAGAAAUCAUGUCUCCCACAGAUUUUACCAGAAAUCCUGGAGCUCCUGAGUCCUUAGAAAAGUGUGAAUACAAAAAUUAUGUACCAAUUAUUUCAGAGCAUCAAAUUCCACAGAAGGGAAACUCAGAAGUUGAAAACCCACAGUUGAAAGGUAUACUGAAAGAAAUGUACACAUUGCUUGACCAUCAUUCAGACAAAUCUCAAAUUUUCAGGGAGAAACCAAAUGGUGGGGAAAUUGGGGGCUCGUACUUCUUGGAUUCAAAAAAUAAACCUGGGGAGUCUGAAUCCAUUUCAGCAUAUGGCAAUCUAACACCUUACAUCUCUGCCCACAAUAUACCUCAUUCUCCCAAUUAUAUUGACAUAUUUUCAGCAACAGGGGUUCCCAAUUAUUUAACAAGCAAUUCAAAUCAAAUAAUGACACCAAGAAUUGGCACAGAACUUGACCUGACAGGGUUCUUUGGAAAGGAUAAUUCCAACAUCAUUUCACCAAAUCCAUUACAGGAUCAAAUGGUACAGAGUUUAGAAUUCAAGAUACCACAACAUAGAAAGGAACUUGAAGGAUCAUCUGCAGUAUUUGACCACCAUCUUUAUGAACCCCAAGGUUCCAAUGAGAAAACCAAUGGAUGGGGUAGUGAAGGCUAUGAAAAUCAAUUUGACGACCCUCACAAAGAGAAGGACAUAGGGAAAAUUACACUCAGAAAAUUGGCUGGUAAUCCAACACAAAUUCAAAGCUCAAGAGAUAUUCACAUGGGUGUUGAUAAUUUAAUUGAAGUUCAGGAGGAAUAUUCUGGGAAAGCACAAAAAUCAUUGAAAAGAAAAGCAUCAAGUAUUGUCACAAUGAGACUGGAUGAGGAGCAAAAAAAGAUUUGUAGGGAAUCAGCACAAGAUUAUGCUGAUGAUCCCUCAUAUGAAUCUAGAUUGAUUAAAUUUGUCAAUAUGCAUAGUGAUAGUUCAGACAGACGCGGGGGUAUAUCGCGUAGGGAUAUGAUACAAGUGAUUCAAGAUGUGGGCAUGAAGAGCAUACAGUCAUGUGAAGAAUUAUAUUUGCAAAACCAAACAUGGUUCAAGAAAUGGAAAGGACGGCUGGUGCAGAUCAUCCGUGGUACAUAUAAUCCUGGUAAUCCAAGUAAGCUAAGCGCACGACAACUGUUGAAUGCCCUAAAGAAGGUAAAUGAUGGGGUUGUGAUGGGAUUCCUUGGUCUGUUAAAUUUGAUUGAGUCUCACAUAGAAGUGAAUAGUGCUGGAGAAAAUAUAUUGCAUGAAGGGUUAGAGUUCAUUGAAAAUUAUGUGAAUGAUAUGUCUUCUUUAAUCAUCCAGAAUUUACCCUGUUUGCCAAAGAUCUCCGAAAUCGACAUCUCCUCCGACCCCCUGGAAGUGUUUCUUUCUGUGACUCAGGCUAAUAGAAGAGGUGACUUAUAUAUAGAACUAUAUCACAACAUUUGGACUAAGUGGAAGGCUCAGAAGGCCCCUUUGACUCCCCAUGUUUCACUGGGUGCAUUCCGCAAGGUCCUUUACAGACUCACUUUACCCCACAGGAAAGUGGAGCAAACCUCAUCCAGUGGCUCAAAGAAAAAUCCAAAGACUGGUCGGGCUUCCUAUGAUGCAAAAGCAUACCAGAUUAAGCAUCAUAUUGUAAUGAAAGGAAAAAGUUGUAUGGAUUUCUUUAAUCAUAUAUUCAAGGACAAAGCAAUUUUUUUCCAAGGCUUGGAAGUUGAUCUGUUGAACAAAUUGAUCAUUGAGCAAAAGAACAUUCCAAGUGAAGCUUUCAUCAAUUGCCAAAGAUGUUUGACCAAUGCCAUCAAAGUGGUAAAACUAAAUGUUGUAGAAGGAUUCUUUGGAGUAAUCAAGUGUUUGAAUGAGAUAAAAAAUUCGGAAUGGAAUAUUCAGCCAAUCCUUAUAAAUGGAUGGAACUUUUUAAAACAGCAUUUCUCCUCAUGGAAAUCCAUUCCAUUAGAAAAUCUUUUCCUUGAAGCAGGGCUUUCAAAAUUUGGAACACAUCAGAAACUGAGCCCAGAGAUGAAAUUUGUUGCUAAAUCCUUCCACACUGUUAUGAGGGCUUCCUAUAAAAAUGUUAUCUCUGCAAGGCUUGUCCAGUCACUUUUAAUAAACUGGACCCACUCAUUUGAUACAAAUCAGAGUGAUUUCAAAAUACUUCAGAAGCUUUUGAGGUCUCGAGAUGCUACUCCUCUCAUUCAUUGGUUCUAG